AAGAGGUAGUUGUUAGGUUGUAAACUGAUAAACUGCCUGUUUCCUUUUCUCAAAACCUUAUAACCCAUAAAACCCUUAUUCCCUUCUCUCCAAACAAACCAAACUAGCUAUACUUUUGAAUAACUAGUUAACUAUACUAUUCAAACAUCACAUCCCUAUAAACCUAGAAACGCAUAUAGAGAAAACCCUAAUGGAGUCAUCACCAUCGUCGUCUUCUUCAUCAGUUGUUUCUGAGCUAGAAGGCGCUCUUCUUAAAGACCCGGAUCCCUUUGCCUAUUUCAUGUUGGUAGCAUUUGAAGCCUCCGGUUUGGUCCGUUUCGCCUUGUUGCUGCUACUAUGGCCGUUGAUUCGGCUGAUGGACGUGAUAGGGAUGGGGGAAGCGGGGCUUAAGCUGAUGAUAUUCGUUGCGGUGGCUGGAGUUCGGGAGUCAGAGAUUGAGUCGGUGGCUAGAGCGGUUUUGCCAAAGUUUUACAUGGAUGAUGUAGACAUGGAGGCUUGGAAAGUGUUUAGCUCUUAUGACAAGAGGGUUGUGCUGACUAAGACGCCUAGGAUUAUGGUGGAGCGGUUUGUGAAGGAGCAUCUAAGAGCGGAUGAGGUCGUGGGCACUGAACUGGCGGUCAACCGGUUCGGGUUCGCCACUGGGUUCGUCAAAGCUCAAACUAACAAAGGCAGAUCCGAUAUCUUUGAACGUGUAGCUAAGAUGUUUCUGGAUGAACCCCCUUCGGCCGGGCUGGGAAGGCCAUCUUCGGCUUCUUCAUCUCUUCUAUCUUUAUGCAAGGAACAAAUAUAUCCACCAUUCAUCACAAACCAAAGGCAAGACCACUCCGUCGUCCUCCGCCCACUUCCCGUGAUCUUCCAUGACGGCCGCCUGGUGAAGCUUCCAACGCCGUCGACCGCUCUCCUAAUCAUCCUAUGGAUGCCCUUAGGCAUCCUCCUCGCCGUCAUUCGCAUUUCCAUCGGUUUAAUACUACCAAUGUGGGCCAUCCCUUACGUCUCCCGCCUUUUCGGUGGAAAAGUCUUGGUCAAAGGCAAGCCUCCGCGCCCCGCUGCCGAAGGAAACGCCGGUGUACUCUUUGUGUGCACUCAUCGAACACUAAUGGACCCCGUUGUCCUCUCCACCGUCCUCGGCCGCCGCAUUCCUGCCGUAACAUACUCCAUUUCACGGCUCUCCGAGAUCCUCUCUCCCAUCCCCACCGUCCGUUUAACCCGAAUCCGCCACGUCGACGCUGAGAAAAUCAAGAGAGAGUUAUCCCACGGAGAUUUAGUCGUUUGCCCCGAAGGAACGACAUGCCGUGAGCCUUUCCUGCUGAGAUUCAGCGGUCUUUUCGCUGAGUUGACUGACAGGAUCGUCCCCGUGGCGAUGAACUACCGGGUAGGGUUCUUCCACGCGACAACCGCCCGGGGUUGGAAAGGUCUCGACCCGAUAUUCUUCUUCAUGAACCCUCGACCCGUUUACGAGGUGACGUUUUUGAACCAGUUACCGGCGGAGGCCACGUGUUCGUCUGGGAAAAGCCCCCAUGACGUGGCGAACUACGUUCAGAGAAUAUUGGCGGCCACUCUAGGCUUUGAAUGCACCAACUUUACGAGGAAAGACAAGUACAGAGUGCUUGCUGGUAAUGACGGCACCGUUUCCUACACUUCUUUUGUGGAUCAGUUCAAGAUGGUGGUCAGUACCUUUAAGCCAUUAUUUUUUCACUAGUUUGGCAGAAAUGAAAAAACAAAUGGAGCCAUAAUUAUUAUUUCUUGAAUUUUUUUUUUCCUUUUUUGGUAUGUAUAAUUUUGGGUUUUGAUUUCAAUUAUUAUUUUGUUGAAGUCGUUAAAUAAUUGAUGUACCAAAGGUGUACUAAUGUUGAUUACUUCUCAUUAAUGUUAACGAUGGUCAUCCUUUGGGACUUAUUAAUUUUGAGUUUUAUAAGCAAGUAUUAUA